UGUCGGUCGCCAUAUUUGUACCCCAAAAGAAGACAGCCGUUUCCUGCCGUGUCCACACAGUCUUAGGAACGGAAUAGGUAUCGCCAUUAGAACUCUUCAAACCUUUUUAUUCCAAAAGCUUUGAAGAGUUUUAAUCGGGCAAAACAGCCAUCCCUGUCAGGGAAAAGGAGUCCCGUAGUUUGUCGUCGUAGCAACACCAGCCCGGUACAAGUGAAAAUGGCGAUGGCGCUGUUACCACGCGCUCUAGUACCCAUGUACAGUCUGCUUGUCAACCGGAUCGGGGUGAUUCAAGGUACGAAGUCGACUUUUGAAGUGGAUGUCUUGACGAAUCCCGUCUCUAACAAGCUUGUUCGAAUUCUCCUGAAGAGUAGAGACAACCAGACGCUGACUAAAACCGACAGCAACAAAAUAUUUUGUAGCAACCGGGACAUUUUCUUGGAAUUCGGUCGAAAACUACAGCUUGGGCGUCUUUUGGAUGACGACGUUUUCGAUACGCUGAUUCACCAGAUGUGUGAAAAUGCACCCAUAACGUAUGACAUUGGCCUACAGACUGCCCUGUGGAACGACCACAUCCUUCACCAGACAGAACUAGCGAAGCAUAUCCUGCCCAUCGAAAGUAAGGAGGCCAAACUCAAGAAGGAGUUAGUAAGUUUGGCCUACAGAAACCCCAAGAAGAUGAAAGACUUCUUCGAAGAAUACGACAGUACCUCCGUCCCAUACGGUAUAAAGGGAGAGACACUCACCCCUUGUGAAGGAGGCUCAAGUGACAUGGAGCGUUUCAGGGUGUGGGAAUGUGGCUUUGAAUACGUCAACCCACCAGAGAAACUGGUAGUUAUCGGGUACAUCGAGGACGAUGCUGUAGUAAUGGUAGGGUCACAAAGUGGGAAGGUUUACAUGGACGAAGAUGAGAUAGUUUAUAACGUGGCGAACAAUCUCUCGGACUUUGCAAACCAUGGCUGUCCAUAUAACCCGACAUUUUUCGACUACUACUUAGCACGACCAAACGAUGUGAGGAGCUUGCCCUGUGCUGCUGGAACUUUUGAAGAAUGUGAUAAAACAGCGGAUGUUCCUGAAGACAGCAAAUGGACCUUUAUUGGUCAUGAUCCUGUCAAGUUGGAAGCCGACCGUGAAAGGGCCAGCCAAAUGUAUGCAGAAAUGGCAGAAUACUUCAAGCCGCCUUCUGAAGUAUUCCUCGACUUCACCGAUCAGCAAGAAGAUCCGUUUCACUCACAGUCCUUUUUUGCACAGUUUGGUGAUGACCAAGAAGACUUGUGGUCAUCUCCCUGUCAGGGUUUUCCAUCUACUGAUCCUUUCCCCUCACAGUUCUCCUCGAUGUGCAUUGAGAUUAAAAGUUAGCGUUUCAUUAUAGUUCACUCUAUACGGCAAGUAUGGGUGGCAUAUAUAGUUUCUCAUGUUUCCUCCUAUACCCUUUUAAAAAUCGAGUUCAUGAUCCCCCCCCCCUAACUUAUCUGAAAUUUAGUAUGUAUGAAUGAAUUCCUUCCUUUUUCUUGAUUUAAUACUUGUUUGGACGAUUGGCCGCUUUUCGACAAGAUAUGGAGUACAAGUGAGCAAAUU